UCUCCCUGCUGUGGUGUGACAUGUCGUGAGCCACGGACAGCGGAGGGAUACCGAUCUCUGCCCUGGCAGUGAUGUGUUCCAGUGUUCAGUUUCACGGAGCGAGAGCGCGACUAUCUGCGGGUGGAGGCUGAAAGAAAUUUAAAUCCCCCGGGUUGCGGUCGACACGCAAAAGGCAAAAUCACCGUCUUUUUUUUCCAUUUUUUUUUUCUCUUUUGUUCGAUUCGCAGUGUUCAUGUAGUAAAUGCCCGAUCGGUAGGGCGUGGGGGGUUUCUGAAGUUUUCGAGGGUUUCUUCACUCUCCGUGGAAGGCCAUGGCGGUGGAAGCGCGGCCGGAGCUGGUUGGGAAGCGGUUCCUGUGCGUGAGCGGGGACGGGCUGCUCGAGCGCGGGGAGCGCGGGGAGCUCGCGGAGCCCGCGCGCUGGCCGUGGCGAGCCGGGGUCAUCCGCGCCGUUAGUCACCGAGACAACGACAACCCGGAGCUGACGGUGUACGUGGAGUUCGAUGACCUGGAGUGGGAGAAGCGUGAGUGGGUAAAGGUCUACGAGGACUUCCAGGUGUUCCUGCUGGAGCAGCAGCUCGUGUGGGCCCGGCGGAAGGAGUGCUUGCAGCCGCAGGGCGUCCGCACCAAGCCCACCCAGUGGCCCGCCCUGACGUUCAGGCCUCUGGUGGGCAAGACCGUGCUGGGCUCCGUCAUCGCCGUUGAGUUCUUCUCCGACAGACAGCUGGACUUCCUGACCGACGACGACGCCUGCCAGCCCUAUCAGGAUGAAGUGGACAGCUUGAGUCCUGUUCUCAGGGACAACCCACACCUUCAUGAAGAAGUCAAAGGCUGGGUGAAGGACCAGAAAGUGCAAGAGAUUUUUAUGCAAGGUCCCUAUUCGUUAAAUGGGUACCGUGUUCGGGUUUACAGGCAGGACUCGGCCACGCAGUGGUUCACAGGCAUCAUCACCCACCACGACCUGUUCAGUCGCACUAUGGUCGUAAUGAAUGACCAGGUACUAGAGCCGCAGAACGUCGACCCGUCUAUGGUACAAAUGACCUUUCUGGACGAUGUGGUCCAUUCUUUGCUGAAAGGAGAGAAUAUUGGCAUCACGUCCAGGAGAAGAUCUCGCUCUAGCCAGAACAGCAACACUGCCCACCAGACCACAGGAGGGAGACCAAGUGGAAACACAGGAGUCACUCAGGGUCAUUACACACGCGCCCAGGCCAACAGCCCCAGACCAGUGAUGAACUCGUCUGGCUCCACCCCCAAGCAGGCCUCUGCCCAGGCUCAGCAGCAGCAAUCCCAGCAUGCUCAGCAGCAGCAAUCCCAGCAUGCUCAGCACCAGCAGCAGCUGCAGUCGUCUCCGGGGCUACAGCGCGGGUCCCGGCCAUCACGCAGGAAGGGCUCGGACAGCAGCGUACCGGACGAGGAGAAGCUGGAUGCUGGAGAAAUUUCCAGAAGCAAAACCAAACAGCUGGUGAGCAAGAGGAGGAAACCCGAGGAAGAAGAGAAGAAGAGCGGAAUGAAGCGUCUGAAGACGGAGGCGUCCGACCUCUCGGAGAGCAGCGACUCGGAAAACUCCAACAAGCACCAGCUGGACUCCUUGUCGGAGCCCAGCUCGGAGAAUGAGCUGAAAGGUAGAGGCACGUUAAAAGACGAGGAGGAGGAGGACGACGACGACGAAGAGAAGCUGCAGGGCUGCAAGGCCCUGGGGGAGCUGGCCACCAUCAGCAGGCUGUCUCCCUGGGAGGAGUCUCCCGUCAUGCUCGGCAGCUGCCAGGAGGGGGCGCCCGUGAGCGAGAACGAGCAUCUGAAUGACUUGUCGGGCGAGAGGAGGUCACCAGGUGAGAGGAGGUCACCUCAGGUGUCCCCGUUGCUCCCCGCUGGGCCCUGCACACAACCCCAGACCUCAGGUCCCGCAGAGGUCCAGGGCUGCAUAGUUGAAAUGAAAAGCACUGUGAAACCCCUGCCCAAGGACCCCUACAGCACCGGGGCACCCCGGACACACACACCCAAGUGUGUGAUCGACAUCACGGAGGACGGCAGCUCCCAGCCCGCCUCCCGGGAGAGCUCGGGGGCCGCAGCCGCCCUGCUGGGCCCCGCAGCAUGCGAGGCCUACGUCGCCGAAGGCAGACGCUCGGUGCUAAACACGGCGGCCGGCGAGGGCAGGAGGGUGGAGGUGGAGCUACAGCAGCUGGGCCGUGGCCUGGAGUUCGCCCACUCGGAGGUGAUCCGGCCGGUGGCGUCAGUGAGUGAGUCUGCGGCCGUGGCGGAGCGGGAGAAGGUGCAGCAGCAGUAUGCCGGCAUCAUGCCAUGCAUCAAGAACGCCUCACUCGCCGAAGAUGUGCGCCGGCCGCUCAAGCUCAGCUCGUCACCCGACGUGGCCAAGUCCAAGUCCAACCCCUCCCCCGAUGUGCUGAGGCCCAAGCGCAACCCAUCCCCCGAUGCCAUGAGGUCCAAGACGCACAGCAUGCUGGAGGCCCUGAAGCCCCGGCCCAACACGUCACCCGAGGUGUUCAAGCACAAAGGUCGCCACGGCGACAGCCUCCCUCCUGUGGCAGCAGGGCGCACGGCGACCAGACCGGAGGCUGAUGGCGUGCCCCGCUCCAGCUUCAAGCCCGUGCUGGCCCGCGGGCCACCCGAGGCCACCAAGAACCCGCUCCUCGUCGACAAGGGCGAGCACUUCACCGUGUACCGUGACCCGGCGCUGGUGCGGCCCGAGGCUGAGAGCAACCAUGUGACAUACCUGCCGCCUCACCUCCACCCGCUCCACGGAUCCUCCCACGCCACCUGCCUGACGCCCAGCUCUCACCACCCCUCCCACCUGUUGCCCACCUCCUCCCUCAGCGCGCACACCCACCCCUCCGUGCACCACCCCCUGCUCUCCACCGUUUUGCCCACCAUGCCCCCCACCUCCCUGCUCGGGGGCCAUCCUCGCCUGGACUCUGGCGGCCUGGGGCACCUGACGCUGGCCCACCACCACCCCCACCAGCAGCAGUUCCUCCAGCCGCCGCCGGCCCCUGCACUGCUGGCCCAGGCGCACGGCGGAGGCCCCUACAACCAGCUGGGUCUCUACCCCAUCAUCUGGCAGUACCCCAACGGCACCCACUCCUACCCGCCAGGCCUUGGCCUGCCCGCCUCGAAGUGGGUACACCCAGACAACGCCGUCAACUCCGAUGCCGGCCUGCGGAGGAACACCCCCAGCCCCUGGCUCCGUCAGCCCACCCCUGUCAGUUCGGGAGAGAGCCUGGGAAUCCUGAGCCAUGUCCCGGGAAGGCCAGCCAGCACGGAGCCACACCGGCCCCUCAAACUCACCUCACACUCCAGCCCACCACUCCCCAAAACCUCCACAGAGCUCCACAAAGAGGAGCUGGAGGGGAAGGUCUUUGUGGACCCCGUGCGCGGCCUGGUGUCCGGCCACCUGAAGCAGGAGCCAGACCGCAGCCGGACGCCCACCAGCAAAGAGGUGCAGCGUGUCUACAUGGAGACGCCCCAUGGCACCGCUGGGCCUGACCUCGCCAGCAAGUACAAGGAGGAGAACCGGCGUAUCCUUCAGGAGAGCAUCGAGGUGGCCCGUUUCACAGCCCAGAUCCGGCAGGGCGAGCCGGAGCGUGAGCGCGAGCCCUACACCCGCGGGCCCGCCCUCCCGGGCCUCCCUGUCGGAGGAGCGCCCAAGAAAGAUCCCGAGCUCUCUCCCGCCGAGCUGUACAAGUUCAAACCCCCGCCAAGCCAGCCGCUGCCCCAGAGCAAUUACUUCACCACCCUGUCCAACAGCGUGGUGAACGAGCCCCCCCGCCUCUACCCCUCCAAAGAGCUCAACUCUGUGUUCGACAAGGCGCCCGCCGCCAGCCCCCUGCCGUCGGGUGCCUACGGAGGGUCCGGAGUUGGCGCCAAGUCCUUGUCUAAACCUCCCCCUCUCAUCAAGCACCAGCCGGACGGCGAGGGUCUGGCUGGGAAGAUCAGCGAGCAGCUCAGCCAGCAGGUGGCGCUGCACUCCCUCAGUACCUCAGCGGGAGCGGUGGCGGUGGCCGGUGAGCGCCGCAGCCCCGCCGUCUCGCCCUCCAGCCAACUCAGGAGCAUGCCCGCCCUGCACCGGGCGCCCGUCUUUCACCCGCCCACGCAGAACACUGUGGACCGCAAGGAAGCGGGCUACGGGCGUUUGUCCCCGCCCACACUCACGCCUAUCCAGCCCGUCAGUGCGGCGGGGAAGGUGUCAGAGCAGCAAAAACCGCCCACGUUGAUGCCAGAGCUCAGGGAGGUGAAGAGCGGGUCCGAGCUGGGUCCCAGCGAGCCGUGGAGACCCGGCGCCGACCCGCACGCCCGCUGGCCCUCGGACAAGAGUCGAGGGAAGCCGCAGGCGGCGGUGGCAUCUGUUAUUGUACGCCCGCCCACCUGCAUCAAGUAUGACGGCUCACCGGGGCCCAAGCCUGCAGCAAGGGAUGUUUUGGGGAGCAGGCAGGCCACGGGCAAGAGCCAACCGGACUGCGUCAAGCUGCCAGAGGCCAAGGAGCCCGGCAGGGUCAUCCAGCCGAACACAAACCUGGAGGACACGUUCUCACAAUACAAGAACUUCAUCCACGUGGCACAGGGCGGCUUUCCCGGAUCCAUGGUAGCUGUCGUCAACUCUGUGUGCAGCAGCAGGGUUGACGUGACCACCUCUGCCUCGGCGGCGCCCGCCUUCGGCGUGCCGGGCCGGGCCGAGCUGCUCUACUCCGCCCAGGCCGCACCGAGCGCCGGCAGACUGGAAGGCCCCACCUCCAAAAGCACUCCCACUGGGCCUGAGCCGCAGGAGGGCAACUCCAGGACCGCCUCUCCUGCUGCCCUUCCUCCUCAGCCCGCCUCGGCCCCAUCCACGCUGGCCUACUCUGGGAAUUUCGUCUACCCGAAGAAGCACAAGGCGGCCCUGGCCGCCGCCCACUCCCGCGGCUCAGGUAGCGCUUCUGAGGGCGAGGGCAGUGGGCGGUCCUCUCAAGGCUCGCCCACCACCAUCGCCCAGGACCCAGCUGUGGGCGUGGCCCCUGGCAAGGCGUGCCCCCUGCCCAACGGCCAGCCGCCGGCACAGCUGAGCCAGCAAAACUACCACAAGCUGAAGAAGGCGUGGCUCACACGGCACUCCGAGGAGGACCGCAACACCAACAAGGCGGAGAGGGCACCCAGCACCGUCUCUGACAUCAUUAAGCCCUGCACCGUCACCCUGGUGGCGUCCACCUCGGGCGACGGGGACGUGGCCAAGGAUGGCAAGGGUCCCGAGGACAAGGCGGCGGAGGACAGGAAGCCACGGCGGGGCGCACCCAAGCGCGCGUACGAGUCCGCGUCUGACAGCGGGGACGACUCGGACGCCAGCGACAGCAAGCAGGAGCUGCGGACCAAACGCCAGCCCAAACCCACCUACAAGAAGAAACAGAACGACCUGCAGAAGCGGAGGAGCGACAACGACAAGGAGGACGAUGACGUGAAGCCCAACGGCAUCUUCAGGAGCGCCAAGGAGAAGACCAAGCUCAAGCUGGCCAGCAGCAACGGCAUCCCUCGCUCCGUGCUGAAGGACUGGAGGAAGGUGAAGAAGCUGAAGCAGACGGGCGAGUCCUUCCUCCAGGACGACUCAUGCUCCGAGAUCGGCCCCAACCUGCAGAAGUGUCGCGAGUGCCGCUCGGCGCGCUCCCGGAAGGGCGAGGAACCCACCCACUCCCCUGUCUUCUGCCGCUUCUACUACUUCCGCCGCCUUUCCUACAGUAAGAAUGGUGUGAUCCGUAUCGACGGCUUCUCCUCCCCCGACCAGCACGACGAGGAGGCACUGAGCCUCUGGGUGCCAGAGGCACAGGAGGAGAGCGACCUAGAUGUCGAGACGUCCAAGUACAUCCUGGGUCACAUCGGAGACAAGUUCUGUCAGCUGGUGAUGAGCGAGACCACCGCCGCCACGUGGAUCAAGAAAGACGCCAAGGUGGCGUGGAAGCGUGCGGUGCGUGGCGUGCGGGAGAGCUGCGACGCCUGUGAGGCCACGCUCUUCAACAUCCACUGGGUCUGCCAGAAGUGCGGCUUCGUGGUGUGCCUGGACUGCUACAGGGCCAAGGAGAGGAAGAGCUCCAAAGACAAAGAGCUGUACACCUGGCUGAAGUGUGUGAAGGGACAGCCACACGACCACAAACACCUGAUGCCCACUCAGAUCAUCCCAGGAACAGUGUUGACAGACCUGGUCAACUCCAUGCACGUGCUGCGGGAGAAGUACGGCAUCCGCGCGCACUGCACCUGCGGCGCCAAGCAGAACGCCCUGCACGGCAAGCUGCCGUCCACCAACGGUGUCUCGCAGGUCCUGCAGAACGUGCUGAACCACAGUAACAAGCUGUCCCUCUGCAAGGCCGAAGGCGGCCAGCACAUGGCCGGACACAAGGUGGAGGCCAACGGCGCCACCAGCCCCACCAGUGACUCCAGCACUGACAGCAAGCCCCCGCCUGCCGAGUCCCAGUCGCCACUGCACUUCCUGGCUGACCUGGCUGAGCAGAAGUCCCGUGAGGAGAAGAAAGAGAACAAGGAGUCGUGUGCGGUGAAGGUCCGGGAGGAGAAGGAGGCGUGUGAGGCACUGGAGGCGCUGAACUGCAAGGCCUCGUCGCUGGUGGUGGGCGGCGGUGAGCAGGGCUCCACACUGAGGGACCUACUUACCACCACGGCGGGAAAACUGCGGCUGGGCUCCACGGAUGCUGGCAUCGCCUUCGCCCCGGUCUACUCCACUGCCUCGCAGACGGGGAAGAGCGGCCGCUCUGUGCCCAACAUUCUUGAUGACAUCAUCGCUUCCGUGGUGGAGAAUAAGAUCCCAGCAAGUCGCGGACCCAAGCUGCCCGUGAAGGCGGAGCCACAAGAGGAUGUGCGGCCCGAAAGGAGGAAGACGCCCGCCUCUGGCGAGGAGGCCCCGCCCACGACGCACGCUGACAUCCCCCACUGCUGGCUAUACGGCUGCAGGCUGCUGUGGCUCAAAGACCACCGCAAUGCCAACAACUGGAAGCUCUUCCGGGAGUGCUGGAAACAGGGGCAGCCCGUGCUGGUCUCAGGAGUUCACAGGAAGCUCAGCACCAGCCUGUGGAAGGCCGAGGCUUUCAACCAGGAGUUCGCCGACCACCAGGGGGACCUGAUGAACUGCCGCGACGGAGUCGUGUCCAACUCGGGCAUCAAAGAAUUCUGGGAUGGCUUCGAGGACCUGACGAAGCGGCCCAGAUCUAAGGACGGCGAGGCUGUCGUCUACAGGCUGAAGGACUGGCCCUCAGGAGAGGAGUUCAUGGCUCUUAUGCCGUCUAGGUAUGACGACCUGAUGAAGAACCUCCCUCUCCCUGAGUAUUCAGACCCUGAGGGGAAUCUCAACUUAGCCUCCCAUCUCCCCUCCUUCUUCGUGCGGCCAGACCUCGGACCACGCCUCUGCUGUGCUUACGGUGUGGCAGCGUCUCAGGAGCAGGACUUCGGCACCGCCAACCUGCACAUGGAGGUGUCCGACAUCGUCAGCGUACUUGUUUAUGUUGGAGUGGCCAAAGGCAACGGUGUCCUGUCCAAAACAGGUGUGCUGAAGAGGCUGGAGGAGGAGGAUCUGGAUGACAACGUGAAGAAGAGGUUAAAGGACUCGAGUGAGACUCCUGGAGCCUUGUGGCAUGUUUAUGUGAGCAAAGACGUGGAGAAAGUGAAAGAGUUUCUGCACAAGAUCGCCAAGGAGCAGGGCGUGGACAUUCUUCCGGAACACGACCCUGUGCGCGAGGCUGGCUGCUACCUCACCCGUAAGCUACGUCAGCGUCUGAUGGAGGAAUACGGCGUGCAGGGCUGGACCGUCGUGCAGUUCCUGGGAGACUCUGUCCUCAUCCCCGCCGGAGCCCUGCACCAGGUGCAGAACCUGCACAGCUGUGUGCAGGUGAUCAACGACUUUGUCUCACCGGAGCAUGUGGUGCACUCCUUUCACCUGACACAGGAGCUGCGCUCCUCCAAAGAAGAAAUCAACUAUGAAGAUAAGCUACAGGUCAAGAACAUCUUUUACCACUGUGUAAAGGAUGCUGUGGGAACAUUAAAACAGAGUGGUGCUGAGGGGCUGGAGGAGGAGCUCGUGACCUUGUGACCCCUCCCUCCGGCCUGCGUCGGCACGCCUACAGUCGUCACUUAACCCCAAAUAUGCACACUAACCUUCACAUCAUGAACCUCCAGUGCCAAGCAGACUUUAAGAGAAGAAAAAUAAAAAGACAGGAAAAUGCUAUUUAUUUGUUACUGACACCAUAGCAGUAUAGCCCGAACGCUUCAGGUUAACUGUGAUUUUACGGAGAAUAAUAAAAAUAACUGAAGAUAAUGUGCGAGCAGCAGCACUGCUGUUCAGAGUUUAGUGGUUGUCUUUUCUUUUCUUUGUUUUGUUUUUUACUUUCUUUCAUACUGUAUAUUGUUUCCGUAAGAAUGACGUAUUUAUUUUUUAGGAGUUCUACGCUUUGUUCUAGAUCAAAUGUAAAUGGGACUUGUACAGUUUGCUAUUUGGGAUCCUGACAGCUCACUACAUUGAGACGGCUACUGUGAGAACGGAUCCGGACACCAGCUGUUGCCUGUACUUUGGGAAUCGUUGCUGAAUUUGCAGUCCUCAUGCCAUAUCUUUUGAAAAAAUUUUAACUGCCAAACUAUUGUAAACAUUGUAAAGUUAUAUUAUGUAAAGAAAGCCUAAAUGAAUAACACACUUCAGCAUUUUAUUAAGAAGUAUUCACUGUAAAAUGGAGACAUUUACAAAAAGUUGUAAUUUAUUUAAGAAAAUUGUCUCAUUUCUUUUUCUCUUUUGUUAAGAUUUACUAUGGUGAAGUUUUGAAGUUGAUAAUGCUAAAAAAAAGAAAAACUUACUAUGCUGUGUAAAUAUAUACAUAUAUACAUUCACUGAUGUAUUUUUUUAAAACAUGGCUUGCUUCGAUUUCAGAUUUUAAGAGUGCAAGUGUUACAUGCUUUGUACAUUGAAGUUCAAAAGGGUUUUACAUUUUCCAUUAAAAUGGAUUUAUCAAAGAA